AUGAAAUAUUCAUUUGUUCAAUUGAUGGAUUUACCUGUUGAAAUACUUAUAAUUAUUUUCAAGAAAUUAAAUAAUGAUGAAGUACUUUAUUCUUUAAAGGAUAUUAAUAUGCAAUUAGAUCAAAUUAUCGGUGAUCCUAUUUUUACUAAUGAAAUUCCAUUAAUAAAAUAUAAUUCAUUAGGUGAUCUUACAUCUACACUACCUGCUAUAGUGCUUGAUCGAUUCUAUUUUCAAAUCUUGCCUAAAAUUUGUCAUAAAAUCAAAUGUUUUACUCUCGAAACAUUAUCUAUCGAACGUAUUCUUCUUGCUGCUGAGUAUUGUAAUUUAUAUCAACUUAAUAUUUUUUGUAUGAAUGAAGAAAUUGAUGUACAACUCUUUACUGGUAAGAUAUUUGAUUUUGAAUAUUCUAAUUAUUAA